AUGGAAAGCUACGAGUUUUUUGCGAUCGUGUCUAAAAUCCAGUCGUUAGCGGUGUAUCAUUGUGAGAGACACACUUCAGUCACAACUGCAACCAUACCACCUUUCAAAAUGGCUCUGAAUUUGUUGGUGCCUCCACCAAAGAUCGAAGACAGAGAGUACGUGAAGCCAUAUCUUUGCGGAUCAGGGCCUGCUGACGUUUGGCCGUCCGUCUUUGAGGCUUACGCCAGGAAAGUCACCACUCCUGCGUCUGAUGAGUAUUAUCACGUUUUAGACGAUAUACGCAGCGGACUACAAUACGUGUUCCAAACUAAAAGCAAGUUGGUAUUAGCUAUCAGCGGGGCAGGUCACGCAGCUAUGGAGGCUGUGAUCACCAACUUGGUGGCCCCGGGAGAAACGUUACUCGUUGCUUGUAGGGGCAUGUGGGAUGAACGUGCUAUUGAAAUUGCAAAAAGAUUCGGUAUCAAUGUAGAAGUGACCCGAAUACCACUCUACUCAACUUUCUCUCACGAACAUUUAGAGAAUGAACUGAAGAGGUUACGUCCGACCGCAUUGUGCAUUACACACGGUGAUUCCUCAACAGGAAAUGUACAAAAAAUGCAGGGUUUAGGUGAUAUUUGUCAUAAAUAUGGGACUCUACUGAUUGUAGACACCGUUGUAUCUCUGGGAGGAGUACCCUUCCUAACCGACGAGUGGGGAAUUGACGGAGUAUUCUCUUCAACACAAAAAGCGUUAAGUGGACCAGCUGGUAUUUCCCCUGUAGCAUUUUCUGCACGAGCUGAAGAAAAAAUAAAUAAGAGGAAGCAUGAACCGCCGUUUUAUUUCGACAUUAAAAUGUUAGCCCAGCAAUGGAACUGCUAUGGAAACACGAGAGUGUAUCAUCAUACAAUGUCCCCUCCCUUGUUAUAUGCACUAAGGGCGUGUAUAAAAGAACUAGUGUCGCAGACAUUAGAAAAAUCUUGGGCUCGCCAUGCCACUACUCUUGCACACUUCCACAAAAGACUUCAAGAAAUGCCUGUAACUUUCUACGUGCCGAUACCCGAAGAACGUCUACCUACAGUCACAACUCUUGUACUACCAAAGAGAUACGACUACACAGAGUUUUGUGACUACAUGAGAACUAAACACAACAUCUUAAUAUAUGGUGGAGUCGGACCGACAGCAGGCAAGAUAUUGCGGAUUGGAACUAUGGGCAUGAACGCUACCAUCGAAAUGGCAGACAUAGUCGCUGAUGCUAUAUUGGAUACCCUAAAAGCACUCAAUAAAUCGUCACUUUAG